AAUUAGAGCGCGCGCAUUAUAAUCAGCGAAGCGAGGCGCGCUCACUUGCGCUUAAACGCGUCGUGGAUUAUGAUGGGACGGCAGGAGUUUGCGCGUCUCGUCGCUCGCUUGUAGUGUAUCAUGUGAUGGAGCUGGAAUUUGACACCUCGGGGGUUCAGAGCUCUGAUGUGUUUAUGGGACUUGAGUUUGGCACGGGCUCCUGCGUUUAGAGUAAAGCGCGUCUCCAGAGGGAAGCAGCGCGCGCGCGACGCGCCUCAAAGCCACAGUUUCUCCGGACACAAACUCUGCGAAAAAACGUGGAUGUGCACAAUUAUGCCUCAUCACUACGAGCAGAGGUCGAGAGGAAACAUUUUGAGGAAUACGUUGUCCUUCUCUGUGGAUUAUUUUCACUUGUCGGUUUCUUAAUUUAUUUCACUCAAGUCCAUGACAGGAGAGGUCGAGCGGGACACUAAAGAUGGCACGUUGUGCAGAAGUCUGGAGAAGUACAUGGCCACACCUACCCGAAGUCACCUGAGGAACUGGAAGGUGAUGCUGCUGGUGUUUGUGUGUUUUCUGGGUCUGGUUGAUGGACAUUUUCUGCAGGAGGAGACUGAAGAACCCCGUCCUAAUAAUCUGAAAGCCUCUUCAAACCCGCCAGAGCGUCGAAGAUCUCAGAAAGAUGUGGAUGAGCGGCAGAGCAGAGCACCGUGGGCACGACUCUAUGACUCAUCCCUGGCAGAGGAAGGUGAGAGUCAUCGAAUCCGUUGGCAGCGUUCCCAUACAAACUCCUCGAGUACACGCAAACCUCCAAGAAAACGCAAGGAGCGCCGCAAUCGUGCGCGUGGCCGAAGCAGCCAGGACUGUCGUUUGGAGAGGAAAGAGAUGAAGGUGCGAGAUCUCGGCCUCGGUUACGACUCGGACGAGAUCGUGCUGUUUAAAUACUGUGUGGGGACGUGCAUGAGCGCCCGCAAGAACUACGACCUGGCCCUGAAAACGCUGACAGACAACGGCAGCGUUUCCAGCCGCAACGUGAGCAUGCAGCCCUGCUGCAGACCCACACGCUUCGAGACCGUGUCCUUCAUGGACGCCCAGACCAGCUGGCAGACCAUCAAAUGGCUUUCAGCAGCCAACUGCAGCUGCGUGGGGUGAGGAAACCUGAGGAACCACAACCGGCAAAAUCAACGCAAAGCUCCGGGAUACAUAGAGGAAACUCCGGAGCGAGAAGUCAGAGAUGCUGCGUUCUUCAGCGGAAAACACAGCAGAUCUGAGCACGGAAACAGCAGGAGUACUGGAGGAGUCCACAAAUCGCUUGGGGAGCUCAAAACUGCAAAAGCGAGUCCUGCUCCAGACUGCAGUUCUGCCUGGAAAGCAUGUGAAAAGUAACUUGAAGGCCUACGUUUCACAGAAUCUGGAGAUGUUUUAAGCUGGAUAACCAUGAAGGGUCAUUUUACACAACGGAAGGUGCUUUUGAUUCACUUCUCAUCAGCUCAGCAUGUGUGUUUAUUAUGCACACUCUUUCUUAAAGGGAUAGUACACUCAUUAUUUCAAUAGUAUCUGGAUGCAGCCUUCAUGAUGCAAGCUGAGAUUGCGUCACUCAGCGAUGCAAUGUCAGACACAAUGCACUCAAAGGAGUGCCGGGUGGAGUAAGGGGUGGGGUUAGGUGAGGGCAUUAAAAAGCAUGGGAUGCAGCUCAGAUUGCACUGCACCAAAUCUGCAUUCAGACGCCUCUCCAUUGUUUACUCACAUUCAGGUGGUUCUAAACUUUAUUAAUUUGUUUUUUCUGUCAAACACCAAAGAAGAUAAUCUGAAGAAUGUUGGAAAAAUGGAGCCAUUGACAUUUUUUGUAGGAACUAAGGGCGUACUUGCACUAGGCUAUCUGAACCGUGCCCUGGCGUUUCCCGGUUUGUUUGACAAGUGUGAGUGCUCCAAAUUGGGCCCAGGCAUGGUUCAGUGUGCCGGCCCUGGCCCGCUUGAAAGAGGUGUGCUAGAGCACUGUUCGGUUCAAUAAAAUCCAGCUGCAGGCCCGCAGAACCACACACGUUUUAGAUACACACAAUCUAGGACACACAAUCUAGGCAAACCAUAUAAGGUUACGGCGGAUGUUAAUGUUAUUAACGUAUUCUUGGACAUCGUCAUCGAUAUAUUUUGAUAUAUAUGGUUAAUAAAUAUUGUACACAAUAAACAAUAGCAUUUACUUUAUUUCACAAAUAUUGCAAUCGAGACGGCCGAAUGGGGAGCAUUGUUCCGAUCGCCAUUCAUAGACUGUACAGUUUUUAAUCAUUCAUUAUAGCUGAUCAGUCAUUAUUAUCUGACAAUAAUAUA